CUAAAACAAAAUGUUACGAGUAUUUUUAUUGUAAAUCCUCUGAAUGGUCUAUUCAAGGAUUUUUAGAUGAAUGCAAAUUAGAAUCACUCAAAAUAAAGAUUGACUGUUAUAUCAAGUGCCUUAAGACGAUUGUGAAUAGUGGGAAAGGAAAAAGGAGAGAAACAGCACAAGCGCUAUUUGAUAGAUAUAGAAAGGCAAAUAUUCAGGGCACAGAUGAUCUACUAGAUUGUCUGAUAUUUAAGACUACUAGUCGACUUAAUACCAGCCCCAUUAGGCACAGUAAUAAGCGCACGAGUGAGCAUAGAUCAGCACCUGUUUACGUUCACAAUCCAUCAUUUGGGAUUAGGAAUAUUAACGGUGGAACUGGAAAUAUUGAAGGUGGAAUUUUCUCUAGAUUGUUCAUAUCAAAUAGAAGCAAUCAGAAAAAGGAUGAUUAUGAUGAAAGUGACAAGAUAGAUAAUUUCUUUAAAAGUUCCUCCAAAAAAAAAUCGUCCAAACUGUUUUUUCAACGAGAAAGACAAGGUCAGUUUCAUAUUGAAACAAAUUGUUCUGAUGCUGAGUCUGAAGCACAUGACUUCAUUUCUAAGUUAUCAGAUGAAAAUGAUGAUUUGGAAUACAAACCCAGUGAUGUUGAGGAUCCUUCACUAUUGCUGACAUCUUCACAGUUCACGCGUUUUGAUAAAUCCUACGCAAAAAUGAAAGAGACUUAA